AUGGCCUACAAUGGUUUUGGGAGUCAGCUAUAUCAGGCAGGAGAGAAUAGUACUGCUGCUAGUGCUCUUCUGGGCAGAACAGAUGCUAACCAUCAGCAAGGGUUCAAGAAAGCAUCAGGGUUCAACAAGAAACCUGUGUGUACAUAUUGUGGGUACACAGGUCACACUCAGGACAAAUGUUACAAACAGCGUGGAUAUCCUCUCGAAUGGAAACCAAGGCCAAGAAACCAAUCUGUGAACCAAAUCCAUCAUCAAAGCACUGAUGGGAACAUGAGAUUCACUCAAGAUGAUGAAAAGAUUCAUGGAGUUCAUACAGACCAAGAGUUGUGGCAGUGGAGUUUCAGAAUGAAGAAAAUAGCAUAUAAUAUGUAUGUUAGCAUGCCAAAUGGGCAGCAGGCUGCCAUUGGUUUCACAGGGUCAGUCUACUUAUCUGAUAGCUUGAUUCUGCACAAUGCUCUCUACAUUCCUGAGUUCCAUUAUAACUUGAUUUCAGUGAGCUCCUUUAUUAAGAACUCCAACCAAAUUGUGAAGAUGCACUCUGACCAAUGUAUUAUACAGGAUGUUCCCCAUGGCAAAAUGAUUGGAAGAGCUGAGCUGAAAAAUGGGCUAUAUUACUUAGUUUUUCCCAUUCUUACAUAUCCUGCCAAUUUGCCAGACAAGUUUUGGGGAGAAUGUGUCCUACAUGCAGCCUACAUAAUUAAUAGGCUCACAUCUGUUGCCAUCAACAACCAAGUCCCAUAUCAGAUUCUGAUUAAGAAGAUCUCAUCAUAUCAACACUUGAGGGUUUUUGGGUGCCUAGCAUAUGCCACUACUGUUGGGCCCAAAUCAAAGCUGGAAGCCAGAGCCAAGAAAUGUGUUUUCCUUGGCUAUGCAGGUGGAACAAAAUGUUACAAGGUAUAUGACCUUGCUUCCAAAGAAUUAUUCAUAUCUAGGGAUGUUGCUUUUCAUGAGCUGGUAUUCCCCUUUCAACAGUCUAUAACUCCAGGAGUAGGAUCUGAGAUCAUACUUCCUACCAUGAUCCCUGCACCACUCGAGGAACAUGAUGUGUCUCAGACUCAAGGACAAGCUAGUAGAUAA